CUGAGGUAAUAAUACAUUACCCGCUAAAUUAGGCUACCCAAUAGGGGCUUACACCCCAUGCGUGUAGGGUCCCCCGUACCCCCUCUAAAACGAUCACUCACUCGCAACUCGACAACACAACACCCCAAAACUGCUUAUGGUUUUCUUAAACUGUAAAACCACAUUUCCUUUUGCUCAAUAAAACCUCAUUUUUUCAAUAACAAAAAAAUAAAAACGUACAAAAACCCUUAUUACUCUCAAAUUCCCAUUUCGAUCCAUAUAUACCACCAUAUCCUUCCCUCUAUAGGCCUUUAGGGCAAUAGUCCAUCGAUCCUCACGCCGACAUUCCAAUUUAAAAAAUCACUUAUAGAUCGGUGUUAUUAAGUAAAUAUCCGCCAUCAUUAAACAUUAGUCGAAUACAUACAUUAAUUUAAAAAUGGGAAGAGGGAGAGUGCAGCUUAAGAAGAUAGAAAACAAGAUCAACAGACAAGUCACUUUUUCGAAGAGAAGAAGUGGACUUGUAAAGAAAGCUCAUGAAAUAUCAGUCCUUUGUGAUGCUGAAGUUGCCCUCAUUGUUUUCUCUCACCGUGAGAAACUCUUUGAGUACUCCUCUGAUUCCGCUAUGGAGACAAUUCUGGAGAAGUAUGAGAGGUAUUCUUAUGCGGAGAGACGGCUAACUUCUAAUGAUCCAGACUCACAGGUGAACUGGAGCUUUGACUUCGCCAAACUGAAAUCCAGGCUUGAACUUCUACAUAGGAAUCACAGGCACUACUUAGGACAAGAGUUGGACUCACUCAACAUCAAAGAACUCCAAAGCUUAGAGCAACAACUUGAUACUGCUCUCAAAAAUAUUCGAUCUAAGAAGAAUCAAUUGAUGCAUGAGUCUAUCUCGGAGCUCCAGAAGAAGAUGCUUUUAUUUGCAGGAGAGGGCAAUGCAGGUGCACAACAAUAUGCUGGCAAAAAAAGAUCAAGGAUAAAGGAAAAAAUGUGGUGCAAGAAGUGCAACGAAGCCAACAAAUGCAGUGGCAGUGGCAGCAGCAGCAGCAGCAACCACAACAACAACAGUCGUUGGCACAAAACCAUCAAGGUGUUUCCGAUGCAUCGGGUUUCUUGCUUCCACCUCCACCUCCCUCUUUCAACAUGGGUGGUGCAUACCAAGGUGAGGUUGGUGGAGAAGAAAGGAGGAACGAUCUUGAUUUGACGUUGGAGCCAAUUUACUCAAUGCCAAAUGAUGAGAUGCUUUACUAAUUGAGUUAAUAAUCAACUCAUUACGCAUGCAAAGCGGUAUUUAUGAGAUAUUAUUCUACCUAAACUGCUCAUCAAGACUUAAGAAAAAACCAGUUAGAAAUGUAUUUAUGCCUAUAUUAUUAAUUUGGCCGGGAAUGUACUAAUUUAUUUCUACAAAUUACUGAUGAAUUAAGCUCGUUUGAUGCACAAGUUGGAUUUUAAUGGAGAUAAAAGUUUGCUUGUGAGUAAAUAAA